ACGAAGAGAUGGCUACCAACAUUACAUUCCACGAAGGCACCGUCAGCCAACAAGAAAGACAAGAAUUGCUCGGACAAAAGGGAUUAACAAUCUGGUUAACAGGUUUAUCCGCUUCUGGAAAGUCUACUAUCGCUACCGCCCUCGAACAACAUCUUCUCCAUUUACGCAAGUCUGCAUUCAGGUUAGACGGAGACAACAUCCGCUUUGGAUUGAACAAGGAUUUAGGAUUCUCCGAAAAGGAUAGAGAAGAAAAUAUCAGAAGAAUUGGUGAAGUUUCAAAGUUGUUCGCUUCCUCUGCAGCAUUAACGAUCACGUCAUUCAUCUCACCAUACAAGAAGGACAGAGACUUUGCUAGAGAGUUGCACAAUCAACAAUCUUUGCCUUUCAUUGAAGUUUACGUAGACGCACCACUUUCUGUCGUCGAACAAAGAGAUCCAAAAGGUCUCUACAAAAAGGCAAGAUCAGGUGAAAUUAAAGAAUUUACAGGUAUAACUGCACCAUAUGAAGCACCUGAGAAGCCUGAAAUUCACAUCAAGACUGAUGAGAAUGACGUUCAAGCUUCUGUCAAGAUUAUCACCGAGUACCUCGUAAAGAAUGGCUACUUAAGCGCUUAAAAUCUAGUCAUCUUCAAUAUUUAGCUCUUUAUAGAUGUCCCUUAUUGAUCGACCCUCUCUGUCUGCUAUUUUACCAAUAGCCAUCUUGGUUUUCGAGUUUGAGUAUAAAACACGCGUAUUUAGUGAUGAACCCACCUGUG